GCUACAGGCAUCUUGUUGCCAAAUAGGUGGGCCCUACUCGUGUUGGCAAAGGCUCAAGCAAUGGUUAGGGAAAGAACGCGGAGAGGACGAGAGACGGCGAGCGCGAAACAGAAAGAGAAAGAGAGAGAGUUGGAGAGAAAAGGGGAAAAAAGAAGCAGCACUCGGCUUUGCCAGCGGUCGUAUGCGCUCGUCCAACAUUGAUUCGGCUCUCUAUUUUUUUUUCCCUAUUCUGUGCUCUGCUCUCCCUGGCCCCCCCAUCUGUGUGUGAGAGUGUGUGUGAGCGUGUGUGUGUGUGUGUGUGAGUGUGUGUGUGAGUCUUGCGCCGGGCCCAGGGAUCAGAACAGACACUUACACUUUGCCAAGGAUUUUUUUUUUUUUUUUUCAAGGUUCAUUUUUUUUUAUUUUUUUUUUGGAAAGCACAAAGGACUGUUUAUUUUAAGUGCAUCUCUCCCGUUGUUGAAGUUUUUUUUUUAUUUUUUUUGUCUCUAAACACAGUGUAAUACUGUCAACAUUUCUAUUUUUACUUGACAAUUUUUGUUGCUACAAGUUUUUAUCUGUCAUUUUUGGCGUUAGUGUAAUGAGCUGCUGGCCGCCGUCCUGCUGCAGUGAAUUUUCUCCUUCCUAAAAAUCUUGGGGUUUUUGCUUUUAAACUUUGGCCCGCUGUUUUUAGUGAGCAGCAUAUUCUGCUAAUUAUUAUUUUUUUUUUUUACAACCUUCCCCCCCACCCCCCAAGUUUUUUUUCAUCUCCUAAUUCUCCACACCCUGCCAAACCAGCGCUCGCUUUACAUUGGGGAGCGCGGGAGGAAAAAAAAAACUGGUGCAGGAGAUUUUUUUUUUUUUUUUUUUCACUUUAAACGCUGUGCCAAAUUUAUGAUGAGAGUGCAAAAUGGAUGAAUUUCAUCCCUUCAUUGAGGCCCUCCUCCCCCAUGUCCGUGCCUUCUCCUACACCUGGUUCAACCUGCAGGCCCGUAAGCGCAAGUACUUCAAGAAGCACGAAAAGAGGAUGACCAAGGAUGAGGAGCGCGCGGUGAAGGACGAGCUGCUGGGAGAGAAGCCGGAGAUCAAGCAGAAGUGGGCCUCGCGCCUGCUGGCCAAGCUCCGCAAGGACAUCCGGCCCGAGUUCCGCGAGGACUUUGUGCUCACCAUCACGGGGAAGAAGCCCCCCUGCUGCGUGCUGUCCAACCCCGACCAGAAGGGCAAGAUCCGCCGCAUCGACUGCCUCCGCCAGGCCGACAAGGUGUGGCGGCUGGACCUGGUGAUGGUCAUCCUGUUCAAGGGCAGCCCCCUGGAGAGCACGGACGGCGAGCGGCUGGUCAAGUCGCCCCAGUGCUCCAACCACGGCCUGUGUGUCCAGCCGCACCACAUCGGAGUGACGGUCAAGGAGCUGGACCUCUACCUGGCCUACUUCGUCCACACACCAGAACAAUCAGGACAAUCAGACAACUCAAACCAGCAAGGAGACACAGACGUCAAGCCCCCACCAAAUGGCCACUUGAGUUUCCAGGACUGCUUUGUGACUUCAGGGGUGUGGAACGUCGCAGAGCUGGUCCGCGUGUCGCAGACCCCGGUGGCGACAGCGACCGGCCCCAACUUCUCCCUGGCUGACCUGGACAGCCCCGGCUACUACAACAUCAACCAGGUGACCCUGGGACGGCGCUCCAUCACCUCCACCCCCUCCACCAGGACUGAAAUGGAGCUUUAUGCAAGUCUCCCACGGAGCUCCAACAAGCGCAAGUCCAUUGACGACAGCGAGAUGGAGAGCCCGGUGGACGAUGUCUUCUACUCAGGCCGUUCCCCGGCGGCCGGCAGCAGCUCUCAGUCCAGCGGUUGGCCCAAUGAUGUGGAUGCAGUGCAGCACCAUUUGGCCAGUGUGCAGGAGAGGAAGAUUAAGCAUGAGAGCGAUGGAGUGCAGUUUCCUUACCAUGGACUCUCAUCGCCUGGUUCUCUUAAGAAGCCGGGGAAAUUCGAUUUCAGCGCCCUGUCCUCCCAGACGAGGUCCCCCCGCAUGGCGUUCACCCACCACCCACUGCCAAUGCUGGCGGGAGUGAGACCAGGGAGUCCCCGUGCUUCAGCCUCGGCCUUGCACUUCCCAUCUCCCUCCAUCAUCCAGCAGUCUAGCCCCUACUUCACCCACCCAACCAUCCGCUACCACCACCACCCUGGACAAGACCCCCUGAAGGAAUUCGUGCAGUUUGUCUGUGCCGAUGGCUCGGGGCAGGCCGCCGGACAGCCAAACGGGAGCGGCCAGAGCAAAAUGCCAGGCUCCUUCUUGCUGCCUCCACCUCCCCCAGUGGCCCGCCCAGUGCCCCUCCCUAUGCCCGACUCUAAACCCAACAGCACGCCCCCUGACGGCGGACUCUCCUCGCCCGCAUCUCCGUCAUACUCCACGCCAGGCGCCACAGCUCCCAACAGGUUUGUCGGCAUCGGAUCACGGGACAACAACUUUCUGAACAUCCCGCAGCAGACACAGUCUUGGUUCCUCUGACAAGAUCUGUGUCCAAACCAGCAACUAGAAUUCUUUCUUUACAAUCGGAAAUAGAAAAAACAGAGAAACAACCCGCAGGAUAAUAAUUGUCCUCCAACCAACCCACCGACCGACCGACCGGCCCUGAUACAAAAUAUAACCGAGCAACGCAGGAAACUACAGCAGCAUGACGCUUUUAGAGGAACUCUGGACUCAUUUACCCAGUCAGAGGGAGGAACCGUUUUCGAGUAACAGAUGGAUAGAUGGAAAGAUGAACGGAUGGACAAGAGGAUAAAGAAGGGGUGAGGGGACGAACGGCAGCAAGCAGGUCUCUCCUGAAACCAACCGAACCAGCACAACACAGCAGGAGGAACCUGAGGAGGGGGAAAGCGGUCGACUUCUCCUACUCUGCGAGGACGCAUUGUGUAAUGAACGGCUGAGAAAACCCAACGAGAACCAGGUCUCCACGACACAGGUGUAACAUUUAAGCUAAUGAACCCACAGCCUGAUCAAAGCAAAGACACCAUUUGGUUUCCAAUGAAAGCUGCAGUCCUGUGAUGUCUGUCAUCACCCAAAACAAAUCAAAUUGACCAAUGUUUCUCUCCCUCUGAGUGACUCCACAAAGUUUUUACCCUACUACUAACUAGAGAGAGACCAUGCCAAAACAUAUCCUGAUUAAAGGUUGCACUAGAAGCUGAAUCAAUUAACACUAAUCUUAACGAUGUGCACUAUUUACCUACAAGGCAUGGGAGGUAAACCAGACUUGCCUAUUAAAGAGUUUUAAAGAGGAAAAACCAAGGUACAAGAAGCCUUCACGUGUCCUCAACCCCCACUCCCACUCCCACAUCGCUCAGUUCGACAAAUCAUUGGCCUCCGCUCAUUCUCACGUCUCCCCACACGACACACACUCACACAAUCUGUGCCACGACCACAGCGCGUGUGUACGAUUGAAAACACGCACACAGUCGCCCAGUCAGACCUUUCAGAUUGUUCACAGGUGGUGGUGUUGUGUUCUCACACUGUCAUCAGCACACACAGUCAGCCCGGUGAGCUCUCUCCACCUAUUUGAUUCGAUAUCCAAACAUCACACACACACACGCUGAAAAUCAAAGUGUGUGUGUGCGCAUCAUUACUGACAGUGUCCAUGACUGUAGACAGCAGCUAUUGGUUCCCCCCCUUUGCCCUCUUGUAAUGUAGAUGAAUGAUUUUGUUAUCUCUUGUGUGUUCUCUUAUUUGAAUUUAUUCCUUUUUGGAUUUGUACUAUUUUAUAAUUGUUUUGUAUUUGAAUGACAGCACCUUAUAGAGAAACACAGAAGCGGCGUAGACAGGGUGGUUCGCUGACCUGGGUCACAUAGUACAUGCAAAAACUCAAAGACAAAGUUUAAUUUUUUGGGAAAUACGCUCACUCACUUUCUUGCAGAAAGUUAGACAAGAAGAUCAACGCCAUCGAAGCCUGAUUUAUAGUGGGGCGCUCUACACCUGCGACGUUUUUAAUUUAUGCCACAGCCAAUAGUUUCAGGUAACCAGACGCUGCCCUCAUUAUAUAAAUCCCUCUGACAGCCAUUUGUUUCGUAUCUUUGUGCUACCUUGAACCCUUUUGCAUUUUUAAAAUGGAGGGAUAUGAAAUCAGUGAGUUAUUUAAAGAAGAGGAGAUUUUAAACCUAGUUCUACUUAGAAGACAACGGCAGCACAAGAAAAGCUACAGGGUCCAACAAACGCAGGACAUGGACGAGGAGGUAGUUUCAGAUGUCUGCCGACCGUUUUGAUGAUUUGGUCGUCUGGAUCCGGCCCCAUGUGGCUCCCAUUAGGACACACAAAACUCUGCGACUACCAAAUCACAAUACACAAAAACAUAUGACAGUGAUCACGACAUAAAAGUGUCAAGCAAAACUUUUCUUCUGUCCAAAAAUUGUGACACUCAUCGAUAGUUUGGAGCGCCCUACUAUAAACCGGGCUAGCUGUUUCCACCUGUUUCCAGUCUUUGUGCUAAGCUAAGCUAACGCCUAGUUUACACUACGUGGCUUUUACUUUUCACACUAUUGUUGUGUCCACACUAUAUGACCAACCAAUGACAAACCACUACAAAAGAGACUAAAAUCAGGUGGAGAAAAAAGGUAGUUAUAUUGGUAUAGCAGACUUUAGCAUCCUUAAUUUGAUACCAUUUUCGAUUGCCACAGGGAAAAAAUGACAUUCAGGGUAUACACUGUUUUUAAAAAUUUACAUAUUAAUCCAAAAAGGCUAUAACAGAGACUUUUCUUUGUGUGCUUCGUAGCAGAAGUCAGCAGAAUGUCGUAAGUAGCAGGGCUCUAUGCUCAAGCGACGAGCCAACAGUAAUUUGCGUCUGAUCUGGAGCUUUUGUCUGGGAGCUCUGGAAAAUCCAGGCUAAAGACAUGUAAACUAGGCAUGACUGGCUGCUUCCUCUUUAACAGACAGACAUGAGAGUGGCGUCGAUCUUUGUGUCUAACACUCGAUGAAAAAGAAAGCGAAUAAGCGAACUUCCCAAACUGGUUUGUUCGUCGGUGCCAGUUGAACCUAUUUGCCACGUACUGUACUGGACGACCACACACAGCAGGAUGAUGACAAUCACAGGAAGCUUAUUUCCUGGAGAACUUACCUGCAGAACCACACAGGUCAACAAAUCUAAAGCCCCGUCUGCUAUCUGACCCAGGUCCAGCCGGCGGCGGUGGUGAUGUACGAGCGUCAGAAAAACAGAACCAAGGAGGGAAGGUUGCUGAAGACGGGACUCAGAGUAAAAGAGAGAGUAGCUCUUCUUUCUGUCUCCCUAAAGUUUACCCUGUUGUUUACACUCCCAGACGGGCCGCCGCUCCAAGAGCAGAGCGCGCCACACUGCGGAGCAAAAUGAAUAUGUGACAUAUCUGGCUGUUAGCGGAGAGGGAACGAGGGCCUCUAAGGCUACGCAGUAGGAGGAUCACCCCUGUGCCCAUUGUUGUUUGGGCGCACGGGAUCAGGUCGAGGAUAUCGGAUGCUAUGGUAUUCCCCCCAACACACACACACACACACACACACACAUGCACCAGCACUCCCCUGAGCUGAAUCGAUGAGCCCUUAAUGAUCAAAACUGCACUAAAACAAUCAUACCAGCCAACCUUGUGAGUUUUCAUAGAUCGACCACCACUCAGUGUUUCCUGUCAGUGGGGCGGAGACACUCGUAGAGCACAGAUCGCCACUUCUGAAACACACACACUCGUAAAGACCACUCACUAUAAACGCAAACACGUCCCCCCAGCGCGCGCCCGACUGAAUUCAAAGGGAAGUCUUAAAAAUAGACAAUCUGAGGAGGCCUUUAUGCUUUUAAUCGUUUUCUAUCAUUCAGUUAUUUCCUGUUCAAACUCCAGAUCACCCACCCAACCUCACAAAAUAACUGGACUGCCUGGCCAUGUUCUUCACUGCAGGGAAACACAACAUAGUUGGCCAACCGAAUGGCGACCAUCUCAUCAGCUUCGUAGAGAGAACUAGCUCUGCCGAGUAAGACGUUAACGAUGGCUAAGGUGAUUUCUUUUCUAAUCUAUGGAAGUGCCUCUGUAUUCCCAUUAUGCAAUUUGUCAAACAUGAAUUCAGGUUCUUUUUCUCACAUAUAAGCUAUAGUGAAUGGUGAAAAAUUUAUGUCAGGAGAGGGGGAAAAAAAAAACGGUGACAGCUCACUAGAUAAUCGCAAGCAUCUUUAUAUAUAAUACACAUAUAUAUUUAUAGAUAUAUACAUUUUUUUUAUUUGCAAGAUAAGCUGUGUGGCAGUCUAGUUAUUUUUUGAAGCAUGGCGUACAUCGCACAGUCAUAGGAUGCAUCUCAAAAACCGCUGAUUAGAGGUAAAGUACCAGUCUCUAAACCCACGAAAUAAAAGAAAAAUCCAUGGCAAACACGACAGUAGACACAUAGACAAUGAUGAUAACGUAGUUGAGGAUCAAUAAAAAAAAGAACAGAUUAGGUUUUGUUGUUUUCUUUCUUGUUUUGAUGGGAAGUAUUGUUCUUGAAACUAAAUGAUGUAUGUUGAUUGAGCCAUGUGCAAUGCCUUGGUAGAGGAAUUGUGUUUGUUUGUUAGCGACUGUUUGAGGGUGUCACGAGAAAAGAGGGAAAACCCUCUACGUUUUUUUUUUGUUUUGUUUUUUUUGUUUCAAGUCCACAUGCUCUGGGACUCUAAAUACGAGGGCGGCGAGAAAAAUAUCCCAGUCUUUGUAAGUAAGUAAGUGUGGGGAAAUUGUUUUUAAUUUCCUUUUGGUUGUUUUUUUCUUCCUUUUAUCACUUUUUUAAGAAAAAAAAUUGUUUUCAAAAUGUGGGAGGGCUGAAGGAACAAUUUUGCAACUCAUAAAAUAUAUAUCACUAUGAAACCUGGUGCUUUCGUAAAGAAUAAAGUACAUUCAAUCUCUAUUAUACAUAAAUAAUAAUAAACGAAAUUAAGUGUUAUCAUAAAAGCAAAUUUUAGGAAAACAUGCAUUAUUCUAUUUCUCUUUUUGUAUUUACCGAGGGGGGAGGGGUUCAUUGUAUGAAGAGGUUGUUGUGACAAAAGGCAUUUUUCCCCCCCAACCUUUACACCGCAGCCGAGGAACAGUCGAACAGUCGAAGGGAAGAAAACUGAAUCAUUUUGUAUCCGACGCAAGUCAGUCCCUCCAGGAUUUCACCGACUGCUGUUGUGAUUGUUGCAGCCUGAGAAGUUCACGGCAUCUUCUCAAAAAAAAAAAAAAGACUAAUAUUUUUAGACAAGAUAUUUUGGGAUGAAAUAGCAGGAGCACAUUUACAAAAAUGGUUGUGAUGCCGUCUCUCUGAUUCUCUGAUUUGAAGUCUUUUAUUAUGAAAGUUCAGUGUUUCCCACAGAAUUAGAAUCUAUAGCCCUUUUCACACAGAGAUGGCGCUGUAGAGCCGCUACAACGUCCCGUCUUUAUGCCACCUUUGCAUUUUGAAACAGAACCAAACGACGACGCCAUCAUGCGUGAUUUUAGUGUGACAUACGCCUCUGCAGCGACACCAAGCUGUUAAAGGCGCAGCAGUAGUCUCACGAUAAACAGAGACAGAGCUGAGUGAAUCAACACCCUGAGCGCAACUCUACGAUGAAAUGAGAUUUCACCCAUUUCAAAUAGCCAGAUUGGAGGGUAAGGAGCUCCUGGACCUCAUUGUUUUCCCAAUUUGCGGGAAUUUUCAGCUGCUGUUCCUCGUUGAGUUAGCUGCUAACUGCUAACAGCUACUUUUAAAAUCUCCCACAGUGGGUUGCAUGCAUAUGACAGGAAGGGGUCCACUGUUGCUGCUGUUGGAAGCAGCGCUGAAGGACCCAGAAUCAACACAAUGAAAUGAGAUUUAACCCAUUUUAAAUAACCAAAUUUGUAUUAAAGUUUGCGAUGUUCGCACACAAUUGCAACGUCCAGCAGGUCGUGGAUUAGCUGAAUUUGCGAUCGCAGCGUCCUGGAGGGACUGACGAGUGAUCCGAGUGUGGGACAAGGACAAGAUCUUCCCCUAAUUUGGGAGAUGCACAAUUCUGGAUUCAAAGAAAGAAACGAUGAUACCUGGUUUGUUAUUUGGUGUAAACGUAUGGUUGGUUCAGGGAGAGGGAAUCAGCGACCUCUGUCUGGUCAGAGGAACGCUGUCAUCAAUUCAAGUGAACCCCCCCUCCCCUCCCCCUCCCCCUCCUCCUCCCGCCCCCCCCAAUCCCCAUCUCCCACUGUAAAUGAUUAUAAAUAUUUGUUUGGUGAUGUAGUGUUAUAGACUCAGAGCAUCUUAAAGGUUGUCCCUAAAAAGUGCCUUUUGUUCACAGAUUCCAUCUUGUAAUCCUGAGUGCCCAUCUCGAAAGAAAAAAAAAGUCCCCUCCUUCAUACUUCUAUAUCUUUCUCUUCCUCUUCUUGGAGCUUUUUAAAGCAGUAUACAUAGUACUAAAGGAAAUUGGUGUGAUUUAGUUCCUCUUUUUAUUGUUGAAUAAUUAAGAAAAGCAUAAAAAAAGCCAAAAAAAAAAAAAAAGAAGAUAUUUUCUGUCUUGCUUCUCUUCCUCUGUAUCUUGUCUUCUGUCUAUCUUGGACACUGGAGUAGUCUGUAGCCGCGUAACCCUCUCCUCCUCCUCCCCUCCCCCUUCCUUUUCUCCCUUUCUCUGAACGGCGGGGUUUAAAAAAAAAAAAAAAAAAAAAAAGAAUACGCAAAGAUUUUUUUGUCUGAGCAGAAUGCAGUUAGCUCACAUGUUAUUCUUGUCUGUACGCUUCACAUUGUAUUACCAUACCCAUCUUCUUCAGCUUCUCCAUUCAACAGCUAAUGUAAGUGAACAAGUUACACCACGAGGCUCUGGGCCGUGCUGAGGACACGGGCCGGGGGCGGGGCCAAGGCGGCGGUCAGAAUCAACCCUGGCGGAGGGAGAAAAGCACUCACGGGAUGUUUUGGUUUGGGGCUUAUGUGAGGGAGCUGAGCAGUAGGACUGCUAGUUUAGGCGGGUUUGUUUGUAAUCCUUGUUUCUAUCUAUUUAUUUUUUUAUAAUUGAAUUUGGAUUUUUGCGUUUUGAUUCUUCUUUUUUGGUCUUUGUUACUGCGUAUCGUAGGCAGCGGGAAGACGCUGCGUCGAGACCUUCAAUUAUGCACCUUUCUAGUGUUUGAAUGAGACUAGCUAUUUUUUUUUUACAAAAGGAAAAAAAUGACUCGAAGCACCUUAUGAGCGGACUGGCUCCACAGCUCGGAGACUGAAAGGCUCGAAUUUAGCACAAUCAUAAGAGACGUUACGCAUCGAUUCACCGCCAUCCGAAAUCGCAGUGUUUGAUUGACCAAAGCGAUAUGGUUCCAAAAGCUGUACGAAACUAGUCGGUGACUUCCAGAGAAAAGCACCGUGAAAUUCCACCAGCAAAAUCAAGGGAUUACUACGGCAGCGUGUUAGGGCCAUUUUAGGUUUGAACAUAAAAGAAAAUAUGGAGCCAUGGGAGGGGCGAGAUAUUCCAGGAUAAAACUCCAAAUUACGAAUUCAUGUUGACUCACGUGGGACACAAACACUGGUCUCCUGGGUGAAAGUCCUGUGUUUGAUGUCUUUAUUUAAUCCACCACAACUUUGUAACUUUUUAUAGGACAUCACUGGCAAACUUCUACUUAUUGCUAAAUCCAGCUGCAAAAUAUAUUUUAAUUAGGUUUUCCACUGCAAACAUUAAAAGUGAAGUGAUGUGGUUCCUUAACCAAAAAAACAACAACUAUUUUUUUGGCUUUUUCUUGUAAAAUUUGUGACUUUAACCUCGGAGAAUUUCCGAACUGUUCUCCCAAACGUAUGCCUCCAAGUGUCAGAGAAUAUUCUUGUUUUUCCUGUUAAUCUGGGAGUUUAUUGUAAAUUUAAUCCCAGAGAACAUCCAAGAUUUAUUUCUUCCAUUUUUCCUUGUAAAUUUACAAUUUUAAUCUCAGAAAUUAAGAUUUUUUUUUUCUUGGAAUAUUACUCCCAUCCCCGGCUUUUUACCUGCAAUAGAAAGGCAAAGUCCCUCCCCUUUCUUUUAUCAUAAAUUUACCAAUUUAAUCCCGGAGAAUAGCCAUGAUUUUUUUUUUUCCUAUAAAUUUUUGACUUCAAUCUUGGGAAUUCAGAUUUUUUUCUUGGAAUAUUACUCCCAUCUCCGGCUUUUCUCCCACAACAGAGAAGCAAAGUCCCUCGCCUUUCUCGUAAAUUUAUGCCUUCAUAAUGUCAAAGAAUAUUCAGGGGGGUUUUUUCUCUUAAAUUUGUGAGUUUAUCGUAAAUGUACCAAUUUCAUAUAAGGUUUUUUUCCCCCUUAAAUUUCCAACUUUAAUCUCAUUUUUUUUCCUGUAACAGAGAGGCGAAAUUCCUUCCCUUCCCAUGUCACCCAUGGGAUCUUAUUUCGGAAAGAAAAAGUACUGUAGUGGCCCUAAUAUGCCGUCGUUCCAGAUUUUUGUCCUGCAAAAAAAAAAAAUAUAUGCAACUUUUUAUUUUCCUGAAACAAAACGAAGCCAGCAGCAGUAUUAUCAAUCAAGCCUUUGACCAGUGAGAGCGCC